AUGGCGGCGUUCGGAACAGACUGGCCGCUCAAUGUGGCGUAUGGUUUGUCCUUUUUCGUCCUCUUCCUCCCUAGUGAUGCAGCCGUACCAUGCAGUAGCAACCCAUGCAGUAACGGAGGGACAUGCCAAGCCUUCAUGGACCACUACGUUUGCCUGUGUGAUGUGUUCUGGAGAGGCAAACAUUGCCAGUUGUUUAAAGGUUUUGCAGACUCACCUCCGAUAACAGCCCCCUGUAGCGUUCAGGAGUUCCGAUGUUACAGUGGCCAUUGUGUUCCAGAGAGAUUCGUCUGUGACGGCACAAAGGACUGUGUGGAUGGGAGUGAUGAGAAAGACUGCAGUUCUGUGAUACCGACGUUGGCGUGUGCUAUGUGGGAGUUUGACUGUGGAAAAGGAGCCUGCGUACCUAAGGAGAGACAAUGUGAUAGAAUUAGAGAUUGUAGCAACGGUGAAGAUGAACAUAACUGCGAAAACGAUAUAACACAGCCACCUGCCACACCCCUCCGUCCAGUAGAAACCUCCCCCAACCUCAUCGAUAUACUCAUCGUUUCAUGUGCUAUGCUCAUGACCUUCAUGGCCAUCACAAUAUUUGUUUACGUUCGUCGUGUACGGCGUAUGCAGCAACGCUAUUUUGCUGCAGUCGGUCAUCCACACCACCUUCACCACCACCAUCAUCAUCACAGCGGGCGUCGCCGAAGGCGGAGCCGCUCCCGCCGAAUGGGCGACGUCAUUGACGCCAACGGCGAGAUCGACACGGUGACCACGCCCUACCGCCUAACGCAGCACUCAAACUUCUGCCAUCACCUCCCGCCACAUCGCUGCCCCGCCCGGACAAAUUUACUGGUCUCGUACAACUUGAACAAUGGCGUGCAGAUCCCUCAGCCAAUCAGCACCUCGGAUAAGGACGAGGAUGAUGUCGGGGACGAGGUCCCGCCGACGUACCUGGAGGUCGUCGGAGCUGGCUUCACCGCUGCUGGCAUGGUCAUGAUGCAAGGGAACGAAACUCCGCCCCCUGCCUACGAAGAUCUACAAGUUGAAGAUGUGCUGUGAAUUUUCUUCUGCACAUUUAAUGAGGAACACUUUUUUACACUAUAUUUGACUAGUGCCCUCUAUCAUGCAAGUAAAAAAUACAGGCCAUUUUGGUUGACAGAUUACUGAAAUGCUAGUGAACAGGGCACCAGUUGUAAAUCGGCACCAGUCUAGAAGGUACCGCAUGUCUAGUUUUUGUUGUUAUUAUUAUUCACCUUCUUCUCUCAGUUUUUUUAUGUCAUGUGCAAAGCAAUAACAAUACUAAAGUAUAGGAUACUAAACUGAGUUUUAUUUUUGAUCUUAAAUCCUGCAGUGGUUUUUUUUUCUUGGUCAUGGCCAUGUGAUAACAGACCAAGCUGAAGGCAAGGUCCUUUAUUAUUUGCUAAAAACCGAGUCACUGCUCUUUAGUUCGUAUUCAUAAAGACAGAUUUUGUUAGAAAGCUUAAAGACACUGGAUACUAUUGGUAAUUGUCAAAGACUAGUCUUCACAGUUGGUGUAUCUGAACAUAUG